CGUCAGUCUUAAAAGAGUUCCAUUGGGGAACAGUUCAUUUUUCUAAGAUCUCUCUCCCAAAAACAAACCAGAAGGUCGGGAGUGUGUGUGAAAAUACAGAAAAAUUGGAAUAUUUCACUUUUAUCACCAAUAUAUCAAGUUUAAUAUAAUUGAACAAUUUGCGAGUCGUUUUUUUUGUGUGACUCAUGGAUCCGCUCGCCCCACUCACAGUGCCAUGUACUGCCCAUAGUGCUGGACCGGCGAAUCAGUUAAUUGGCCUUCUUAUCAACACGCUCCUUACCGCACAAUGUGCUCUUUCACCUCCCGAAAUGUGGCCUCAAGAUUAUGCACCGACUGUGUUAGAAGCAAAAGAUUUUGAGGAGUAUGACUUUAUAAUUGUGGGUGCAGGAUCAGCAGGUUCAGUUGUUGCCAAUCGCUUAAGUGAAAAUCCGGAUUGGAAAAUAUUGCUUCUGGAAGCAGGAGGAGAUCCUCCCGUUGAAUCCGAAGUACCUGGUACUUUCUACCUCCUCCAACAAUCGAACUUUGAUUGGAACUAUAGAGCGGAAAAGUCCAAUAAAGCUAGCAAAUCAAUUCCAAGUGGAAGCUCCUGGAACCGUGGUAGAAUGUUAGGUGGAUCCAGUUCUAUGAACGCCAUGAUCUACAUAAGGGGUAAUCGACGUGAUUAUGAUCAGUGGGAGUCUCAGGGGAAUCCAGGAUGGGGUUGGAAAGAUGUUCUUCAGUACUUCAAGAAAUCCGAAGGAAAUCAAGAUGACGAUUUGGUCAAAUUGGAAGAAGGGAAAUUCCAUUCAAAAGACGGACCUUUGAAUGUUGAACAUUUCCCAGAUAAUGAUCCAUUAAAAUUUGUUUUCAUUGAAGCUGCAGAAGAUUUAGGAUAUAAACACCUCAAGGAUCUUAAUGCUGAGGACCACAUUGGAUUUGGCAAAGUACAAGGAACUGUUCAAAAUGGAAAAAGAUUUAGCACAGCCAAGGCCUUCCUGAAUCCUAUUAAAGACCGUCCUAAUUUACACAUAGUCAAGAAUGCCUUUGUCCUGAACUUAGAGACCAAAGAAGGUGCAAUCACCGGAGUAAGGGUAAAUAUAAACAAUCAGCAAAUUCUUAUCGCAAAGGCCAAAAAAGAAGUGAUAAUGUCAGCUGGAGCAAUAAAUACUCCUCAUGUCCUCAUGGUCUCGGGCAUUGGUCCUAAGCAUCACCUAAGAGAUCAUAAUAUAACUGUUAUCCAUGAUACACCAAUUGGAAGAAAUCUUCAGGAUCAUGUCAUUGUGCCAAUAUUCUUUAAAUUUCACAAAUCAAGCGCAGCAGAAAAAACUAAGGAAAACAUAGCUGAGGCUAUAUACAUGUAUCUCAUUCAUAAAAUAGGAGACCUUACGAGUCACGGCACAGUUGACACAAUAGGAUUCAUCAAUACGAAAAAUGACAGUGCUUUUCCGGAUAUUCAAUACCAUCACUUCUCUUUCAAAAAGAAUGCUCCCGAAAUCCAAUUUGUCUUUCUCUCACUAGGAUAUGAGGACUACAUCAUUAAGAAAAUCGUUCAGGCCAGUAAGAAAACUGAAAUUGCGGCUAUUUUUGUAACCCUUCUCAAUCCAAAAUCUAGAGGAAGAGUCGAAUUGGCACAUCCUGAACCAGACUAUCAACCUAGAAUCGUAUCCAACUAUCUUGAUGCUCAAGAAGAUGUUAAUACACUAAUUCGCGGAAUUAGGAAAUAUAUGAAAAUGUUGAAAACAGAAACAUUUAAAAAUAAUGAGGCUCAAUUCCUAAAAAUCCCCAUACACGAAUGCGAUAAACUAAAGUAUAACAGUAAUGAAUACUGGGAAUGUUAUACAAGACAUUUAUCUACAACACUAUAUCAUCCAGUUGGAACGGCUAAGAUGGGUCCUGAUUCGGAUAAAGAAGCUGUUGUAGACUCUCGAUUAAAAGUACGUGGUGUUAAGGGAUUGAGAGUGGUUGAUGCCAGUAUCAUGCCGAAUAUUGUAUCAGGAAAUACAAAUGCUCCAACUAUCAUGAUUGCAGAAAAAGCAGCGGAUCUAAUCAAAGAGGACUGGAAAUACGUAGCGAAGCACGAGGAGUUGUGAAUAAAUAAAUUAGUAAUCAUCCUCUUAUGUCCUUAUCAUAUAAAAUUGAACAAAUAAAUGUCUUUUUACUGCAGAAAA